AUGGAGCCCAACGAGCGUCGCCGCCUUGUCACGGACCGUGGCCUCUGCUACAAUUGCUUAAGCAGCAGCCAUACCGCUCGCAGCUGCCCGUCAACAUCAUUCUGCCGAAAUUGUUCCGGAUCUCACCACACGCUGAUCUAUGACGGCGCCGUGACUCUCAGCGGCCUCGACUCGAGGAGGGAGAGCGUCCGAGCGCUGCUCGAUCCAUGCUCCGACGAUACGCUCGUCUGCCAUGCCAUCGCCCGACGCCUCAAUUGCAACCUUCGCCGUGUCAACGUUGGAGUCACGGGCGUAUUCGGUACCGUCAUAGACUCCGCUCGCUUCCAGACACUCAUCCGCCUCAUCGACCCAUCAACCAACUGUCACUGGAACCUCGACGCCCUCGUACUGCACACUAUCGGCAUUAUCACGCCGACAGAAACGCCGGAGGUCGCACUGACUCUCAUCAAGGACCGGCUGCUGCUUGCCGAUCCAUUCUUUUACGAGCCUCGAUCGAUAGACAUCGUGUUGGGCGCCGAUGCUUAUUACGUACGGAAUUCUUAUACGCUUACUGGAGCUAGCGAUCGCAACGCCGACCGUCGCUCCUCCAACAGUCAUGCGUGUACGUCCGCUCCGACUCAUCCUACCCCAGACACUGGCUACGAACAAUUGCUCAGUCUGGUCCAACGAUUCUGGGAGACGGAGAAGGUACCACACGCCCACAGGAUCUCGAUUGCCGACCGCGAGUGUGAGAAGUCAUAUACGAACGGCCACUCGCGGGACUCCACUGGACGCUACGUCGUCCCCCUGCCUGUCAAAGCCGAGUCAUUGGGUUCGCUCGGUGACGGACUGCCACAAGCUCGGGCAGCACUCACCUCACUACAUCGACGAAUGCUUCGAGAUCCUGACUUGCAGAUCCACUACAGGAUGUUCAUGAGCGAGUACCUCCAAUUAGGCCAUAUGCGACGUAAGGGUGACAAUGAACGCAAGCUGAGGGUAGUGUUCAAUGCCUCCAGACCCACUGUCACCGGCCGCAGCCUGAAUGACGCGCUCCAUGCAGGCCCGAAACUUCAAAGCAGCAUCUCGGACGUCCUCAGCCACUGGAGAAGGUAUAGGCACACCUUCUGCGCCAACGUCAAAAUGAUGUUUCAUCAGAUCCUCGUCGCUGACCAUCACGUGCACCUCCAACGCAACCUCUCGAGCGCUUCGGCAGACGACCCCCCGGAGCAUUAUGUGCUGCUAACUGUAAUGUAUGGCGAGACCUGUGCGCCUUAUCUUGCCAUCUGCAUCUUGAAGCAGCUGAGCGUCUACGACGACAACAAGUACCCGGACGCCGCCGACGCCAUAGAACGCGAGCUCUAUGUCGACGACUUUCUAAGUGGCGGACACGACAUCCCCUCAACGAAGCGACGCCGUCAUCAGCUCAUCACUCUACUAAAGGCGGACGGCUACGCCCUCAAGAAAUGGGUCGCCAACGAGCCUUAG